CAUAAAAUGUGGUUAUUUUUUCAAAUUCUUGGGAAGAAGACAGAUGGUUUGAUGACGGUCACAGUAUGGCAUGUGAAAUUUUUUUUCAUGUGCACAGGGUCUCUCCUCUUUCGCCCCUCUCUCUAUGUGUUUCUCUUUUCCCCUCCAACUGCAAUGGCUCCACCUCUCCUCAGAAUCACUCAGCGGUGAUAAAGCAUCCACCUCCCUUUUUCUCUCUCCCUCUCCAUUCCUCUCCUCUUUUUAGCAUUCCCUACAUCCAUACGUUCAACCUUCCCUGGCUCUCAAUGAAAUGAGCACAGAGCCUGUAUUCUGACUGGCUGGAAUCAAACUGGAUUGGGCGCAUGCUCUCUCUUUCUUUCACACACUCACACACACGCACCCUCACACACUCACGUUCAUGCAAACAAACAGACUCAGUCUCGCCGACUUCUCCGUGUCAGGCGGGCACACGCACAUGCAUGCGCUGCCGUGCUCACACACAUAGACGCGUCAACACACUCUCGGUCAUUGUCAAUUCGGUGGCUUCAACCUUGGGAUGAGGUGAUGUUUUGGGACAGGAAACAUGGAGCAAUGGGUAAUUCCCAAAGCCGGGCCAAAGGGAGGCAUAAAACCAAGGGGGCAACAGCCGCCACCAACUUGGACUCGGAGAGCAAACGAACGGCCCACUUCCAAUCGUCAUGGCAACAGCAUGUGAAUGUGUUCGGCUCGUGGAGUAGGCCGGAGUGUGUGCAGGAACUGCACCAGGAGGCUCAGCUGAACCUACAGAGUCUGCUGCAAGAUUUUGAGGAGCAGUUGUAUGAUAACAGAGUGACAGGACAGACAUUCAGACAUCCUUCCUCUCAGAGCUCGGAGGACACGUCAGCCACUCUCAGCCGACCCCCUUCCUCACUCAGCAACAAGAAGACAGAGUUCGUCUUUGUGCCUGCAAAUAAGCAGGUGUGUGAGGAUGAGACCACAACAUUAGGGGUCCGGGUGCAGGACCCGACCCCCUGUGGUUCAGAGAAGUCACUUCUAGGCUGGAAUGCCUCACUGAGUCCACCUGUUGCAGAGAAACCUCGCUGGUACCUGGGCCGACAUACUCCAGCUCACCUUGUACCCAUUGAGAUCACAGGCCAGAGCUUUGAUAAGCACUCCACACAACACAGCAAACUGCGGGCCGUCUUUAGAACUGAUUCAGCGGUCAAGCCAAAGACCGUUCCCCGCCCGAGGAGUGUGGUUGCAGGCCCCGAUGUCACGCUGCACUGCCAAGGUGACAGCAAAAUUCUUGCUGUUGAUCUAAUACAAGGUGCCUGUUCCCCUGGAUCCUCUCAACCCAGAUCUUUGGAGCCAACUACCGAAAACACAGGCCAACAGCAUAUUCCCCUUCGGAAGACCCAGAGUGACCUGGAGUACAGUAUACCCCCAUCCCCAAAGACCCCAUCAGGCAUGAUGGAUCAUGCCACUCUGAUGUGCCCAAACCCCUCAUGGAAUGGCCCAAAAGGUUCUACUUUCUCUCCUUCCUGGAAUGACUCUUACAACUAUGCCUUGGUUACCAGCCCUGCUUCCAAGCAACCAGUAUCUAAGACUGGAAUGUUAACACCUGGAGGUGAAGGAGGUGGUCUAAUCUGUCCAUCCCAGACCAGUUCAGGCCUCUCCAUGAGCUCAGGGUCACAUUCCAGCUCUUUCACCUCCAUCUCAGAGCCAUGUGGACACCGGGUGUUCACAGUGUCCACAGGGGGUGGUGUUCCUGUAGGGAAAAGGAAUGACAUAGAGGGGGCAGCUUCCACUGCAGGCACAGGAAAUAACAAAGGUGAGCAGGAGAAGAGAUCAGCCCAGUCCAAUGUUUUCAGGUUCCGUGAACGUUCACUUUCAACACCAACAGACUCUGGAUCAUUUUGCUCAGCAGAUAAUAUAUGUUCUCCAGGUGAGGCCGUCCCUGUUGUUUCAGAGGUUGAGAGUUAUGCCCUGUUAUAUCCAAGCAACAGCUCAGAGGAUAGCAUGAGCACUGAUAAUGUUUCUGUGACCACAGGAUCAGACUUUCUUCUGGAUGGUCAACUGAGGUCACGAUCACGCAGCAUCUCACUAAAGAAAUCUAAGAAAAAGCCACCACCUCCAGUACGUAGUGUAUCCCUGAUGAAAAACCUAUCAGAGGUUGGUGGAAUGGGCUCCUACCACAGUGAAGGGCACUUCAGAGAUGGCAGACCCAAAAGUCUCUUUAUCCCCCGAGAUUACCAUAUUCAAGAUUCAUUCCAGCCUGAGUUCAUAAUUGCCAAGCCUGAGGACGACACAGAUCAAGCCCACAGUAGCUUGGAGACAUCUUCUGAUAUUUCUCAGCCUGCUGACAGGGAAACAGAGCUUGGGUUUUCUCCUCACUGGCAGCUCAAUGAGUGGAAGUCCAACAAUGAUCCCUACCGCUCACUGUCGGGUUCAAGUACAGCCACAGGUACCACGGUGAUUGAGUGCAUGAAGGUGCGGGGCAGCUCAGAAUCCCUAAAUUCACCCUCAACCUCACGAGCCACAUCUCCAUCCCAGCUCUCAAUUGAGGCUGAGACCAAGGUAUCCCCUUUCAAGCCCCCAUGUCUCAUGUCCCCAUCCAGUGGCUACUCAAGCCAGUCUGAAACUCCAACCCCAACUAUAUCAAACACCUUCAUCACUGGACCUUCUCCAGUUGGCUGCAAGAUGCGCCCAAAGAUUCCAGAGCGUAAAUCUUCUCUCCCAGCUUCUGCAAAGGAUAAAUCACGUUCACGUCUUUCAUUUGAACUACCUGCAAACUCUCAGCUGGAUCUAUCCUCUGUUAAACCCAAGAUGAAAGCCAGCAGACGCCACUCUGACACAUCUACAGCCAACAAACCAGGUAAACUGAGCCCUAGUCAGUCUUCACUGCCUAUGGUUACAACAACAGACUUGCGAAACAUCCGACUUCGUUCAGUAAGUCGCUCAGAACUUGAGGACAGUCCUGAUGGCUCUUCUGACAUUAUAGAGGAAGAGCAAAGUCGAGAUCUCAGCCCUCCUAUUACUCCCUCUAACACAAAACAGUCAAAGCCACCAGUUGCAGUGAAGCCGCCUCUGCCUAAACGACCCAUGAACUUGAUGCUUAAAUCUUCCUCAUCCUCCCCUCUGGCACCUGAAUCUCCUCCAUCUUCCCCUGUUGACCGACCCAUGCCUGUGGGUAACAUCUAUAUGGUUGUGAGAAAGCCCAAACCUAAGAGACCAGCUCAGUCAUCACUCAGCACAUCUGCAAUAGCCCCACAAGUGCCACUCCACAGUUAUGUACCUCCUCUCCCUGAGUUUGAUCUGGAGUAUGGGAUUCCUAUUGAAGAAGAUCCUCCAUCCCCAAGUAGUCCAGAAAGUGAGGACAAAAGUAAGACCCUGCCAAGUAGAAUGACAAUAUCCUGUUUAGCAGAAUUAGACAAAGGGAAGCCCAAGGUACCUCCUCCAGUGCCAAAAAAACCCAAUGUUUUUCUUCUGCCCUCUCCAAGCAUUCAGACCAAUGGUGGGGCAGAAAGGCAAACUCUACUUUCUGACAACAUCUCCCAAUCACCUACAGGUCCAUCAGCAUCUGACACUGAGGGAGAUUUGCUUAAAGGUGAAGAUCAAGAUGAUCCUGUAAAGGAAAAUUUAGAUGGAAACCAUAAAAAUUCAGAAAGUUAUGAGACCUCUGGAAAUCAAGAGAAUGAUGUGGUAGUUGAAGAGAACAGUUCAAAAGAUUCAGAUUCUCAUCAAAUUACGGAAAGAGUGACACCUCCAGGAGAGACAGUAACAGAAACUUACGCAGAAACAGAAAUAAUGGAAGAGAACAAUUCUGCUGUUGACAAGACCGAACUACACAUUACAGAGGAAACAGACGAUGAUGUUUUUGUUCAAACACCCACAACUCACACAACUGAGGACCUCUUUACCAUCAUACACAGGUCAAAGAGGAAAGUUCUUGGUCGCAAGGAACCAGCAGAUUCUUUUGGAAACAGGCAGGGUCUGGUCUCACCUGUGAAAAGCAGUAGCACAGACCUCCAAACUCUGGGCCUUGGGACCACUCUUAGGUCAAGUUCACGAAAUGAGAACUUUAUGGCUCUUCUCCAGAAGAGAAGCAGCAAAGCCAGCAGCGGGACCCGAGUUUCUGCCAUGGAGUUGCUGAAGAGCACAAACCCCUUGGCACGUCGAGUCACUGAGUUCUCUCAGUCACAGCCAGAUGGGAGUGCAAUGAACACACCAAAACCAGCUCCACAGGACCAGUGAUUCCACUUGUAGAGAACCACAUUCUGGAUAUCAAUAUGGCUGAUUUUCUGUUGCACUCCUCAUGCAAAAGGAAGUGAAGUGUUUUGUUUGAGUUUUUGCUUUCAGACAAUGGGAUCACACUCUGAUGAUGUACGAUUGUUGUGGAGUAUAGUCAGUAUUAAAGGAAACUGAGCCCACCACAGAUAUAAAAUACUGGCAUUGAAAUCUGCUACCCUGGAAAUAUGAAUGCGAUGAUGAAACUCUUGAAUGGAAACUGACAUCAAUAAAUAUUUUCAGACUGUUAUUUGUGGCCAAAGCCUGCUCUGCCCAUUUCAGUGGUGGACUAGAAAUUGUCUUGGUAGGAUAAUUAUGUUUUCAUAGAGUGCACAAACUCACACAGAGCGAGGAGUGUAUGACACGAGUCGGAAACAUUCCACAAAGUUGUAAGAAAGGUCUGGUACCCCUUAAAAGUAAGCACUUUCACCAGUACAAGAACUAGUUUACAAGACAAAAAAAGCUAUAUUUGUUAUUUUCCAUUGUUUUUUUAUUUUUUCAAAAAAUAUAAAAGGCCAUAUAAAUGUCUUCUUGAGUUUAUUUUAAUCUGUAAAAAAAAAAAAAACUAUGUAUAAGAUAUAUAAGAAAAUUUAACUGCUUGAUCAAAGACACAACGGACACAAAGCUGUCCACUAGGGACUGAAUUGGUCAAAUUAAACCAUCAUCAUGCAAUACACCUGAACCCACAUCUAGAGAUCUUCCCACACUGCCAGAAGUGUAAACAGCAAACAACAAAUCAAAAUUGUGAUAGACAAAACACACCUUUGAAAAGGAAAUUUGUGGACAAUACAACAUGAGGCAAUAGCAUAGAAAGUGAUAGUCUAAGGGGUGGACACUAGACUACAGAAGAGGGUCUAGUAAGUGUUACCAGUGGGUCACUGGUAAGUUCUGGCUGUCCAUUGUGUCAAAUCUCUCAGGGGUUUCUUUGCAACUCAGGAAACCCAUAAUGGCUAAUGGUCCAAGUGUAUAUUCUCGACACAGAGAUUUCACUCAACACACAAAAAGAAGAGCGAAUUCAUAUACCUCUCAUUCUUGCCUCCACAAUUUCUUUUCCAGAAAAAAUAGACAGCACUUAUGACCACAAUUCCAGAUCAUCUUGCAAGACAGUGGACCAUUCAAAUCCAAGUGCAAAGCUUCUCACUUUAUGUCCAUUUCAGACUAUGCAUCAGAGGCAGAGCUCAACAGUGUUAUGUUUAGAUUUAAUUUUUGACCAAAAAGAACAUAGUAGAAAAUACUUUUUUAAUGGUUGCCCUCCAUGUAACUGCAAGACCAGAUUGUAGAAUGCACAAAGACAUUGCAGGCUUUGAUCAAAUGUGGUAAUUCACUCAAGGACUUGAGUAGGUCACCUGUGGUAAACUGACCAUCAUCCUACAUUAAGGGAAUUUUGGAGACUACUGCAGACAGAGGAUCUACAGCAGGCAACCGCAGAGACUGAGACUUUAGAGACUGCUUCUUCUUACCAUUCCAUAUGAAGCUCCCCUUCCUCAUGUGACUGUUCUUCUGGCUCCCAAUCAGACAGUGGACAGAAACCUGGUGCUAUUGAGCCGGAGUGCCCUCAGCAGUCCAGGAGAGGAAGUGCUUGGCAAAAAUCUGUUCUAAGUCUGGAACAAGAUCGAGAUGUGGAUCUUUUCUUGAUGUUCAUCUUCUCAGACUAGUCGUUCAGGUAUUCCGACAAUAUGAAAAGCAUAACGUGAAAAAAGAGACAGAAUACCACCACAUUAAAAUAGUGUGUGACACUUGUUUUAAAUAUUUAGUGAAUGAAAAAAGUCUGACAACCAGUGUUUAUUUGCCUUGUACUCUGGCGUGAAGCCUCUGUGUUUUUAAAUGCCUUGGUAUUGCACUUCCGUAGAAGUAUGCAGAGUUUCUUUUACUCUUUUAAGGAUUUACUAUAAUAUUUAUCACUACUCUUGUGUACUCUGUGCUUAACCCUAUCAAUGUCAACAGUAUUCUCACAGGUACAAGUAAAAGAGAGAGAAGGACAGUGGAAGGAGAUGGUAUUAUAUGGGCAAAACAAAAUAGAAUUCAAGAAAUGUACCUUAGUGGACUGUUAGAAGCCCUGUGCAUCAAUUAUGAAAAUCCCAGAGACGGGAGACAAGUAUCUAUCGGAGAGACAUAUACAUUAUAGUCACUAGUAAAUCACAUUCUAUUCAGCAGUGUUUGACCCCACCCCCCCACACACACACACAAAAAAACAACUCCUCUCUAUAGAGUUUCACCAGCUUCACUCAAGCCAUUUUCUUUUUCCUCACACAGCCAAUAGAAUCCCAUUUCAGAACACAGAAGAGUCAAAUGUGCCAAGUAAGGGAGAAAAAAAGGGAGUCCGGAAUAAGUUAACAACCGUCUGGUUGCUCUCAAGCAUAACCAACGACUUUAAUCAAUUCUUGACACCACAAGUUGACAACUCCCUGCAUUACACAAAAGACUACAAUUUUUGUCACAUUUUUACAUAAAAGAUAAGACUGAGUUUAGUAGCACAAAGGUCCUUUGAUAGAUUGCCAGAAUGGAAAAAGCUUUAAAAAUUCCAUAUUGCCCUUGUUCAUUGGGAAUAAAAGAAAGACAGGGUGGGAAGACAAGACAAUAAUGAGAAUUAUAUUUUUCUUAUUUUUUCCUUGGAAAGACAUAUUUUAAAAUAUGUGUAUUAUAGACCUCACCCUCCAGCAGAAAUGACGGUUGCUGUGAGAUUUCUAAUCGGUUUAAGUAUGUCUUGCCUAUUUAUGUUAAAGGUAUAUCAUUAAAAUAAAUUAUUUUUCUUGCAUAACA